UAUGACUUCGAUAGGAGCUCGCCAAAUUGGACUGAUUGCCGCAGGUUCGCAACCGUGGAACAGGGAUGUUUGCUCAGCAUCAAAUUCAAGAUUUGCAUACUGUGCAACAUUAGCCGUAUAUGUAUAUUCUAGAAAUAAACAUGGAGAUGGUCAUGUUCUUGAGAGCAUCGUUGCUGAGCAUAAAAAGACUAUUACUGCUCUUUCUUGGAGUCCACUUAAACCACAUCUUUUAGCAACCGUCGGAGCUGAUAAUACUGCAUUUGUUUGGAACGCCGAGACCCAAAAAGUGGAACACAAAACUGAAAAUCUACGAUACAUUCCCCAAUGUAUAGCAUGGCCUUUUCAUAUGGCUGAUACACUUUCUUUGGGUGGAUCGAAAGGGCCAAUAUUGUUGUGGAACCUCAAUGAAGAAUCUAAGAAAUUAGCAUUAUUACCUUAUAGCCAAAACUUUCAAAGUGAAAUAACUCAUAUGCGAUGGAACAAACUAAACGAAGGCCGAUUAGCAAUUGGCCAUGUAAAUGGAUCUUUGUCUAUAAUAGAUAAAGUAAAUAAACCUAGAAAGCAUUGUUGGACGCCUGAGAACUGUAUUGACGAAGAAACCGGAAUAGCCUGUCUAGAAUGGGAUCCACACAGUCCCGAUUAUCUUCUCGUAGCUCAUAGAAGUGGAGCUGGUAUACAUUUGAUCGAUUCAAAUUCUUUGUCCCCGAUCACCCGAUUUGAGUUACCCUCUGCUGCGGCAUCUAUCCAAUGUAUGGUAUGGGUCACUUCUGGACCUGGUCUAUUUCUUACAGGAGACGCCCACUCAGGCGUUUUAAGAGUCUGGAGUGUAGCCAAAAAUACUCCUAUUCAUAGUUUAAAAGUAAAGAAUACUGCAUUUCAUUCUCUCGCCAUCCUCCCCGAUUUGACGAGAAGGAAAGAGGAGGCUCCUUCACUAGCCUCUAAUUUUGCAUUACCUCCUGCUCAGGUCGUAUGCUGUUUUUUAGACGGCGGAGUCGGUGUGUACGAAGUAGCCAGGAGAAAAUGGAAUUGGUUAAGAGAUCAAGGGCAUGUAGAAACGAUAUUCGAUUGCAAAAUGGCCCCAUCAGGAGAACACUUGGCAACUGCUUCAUUUGAUGGAACCCUUAAGAUAUGGGAUAUCCAUUCCUUAGAGCCUGUUACAACGUCAACAGGAAAUGAAGGUAUAAUAUAUAGCAUUGAUUGGGCCCCUGGUGAGUCGGGUUACAUAGUGGCAGGUACCGCAAAAAAUGGUGUUCUUGUAUGGGAUUCGAUAAAGAAACGUCUGUCAAAACGUUUUAAGGAACAUAGGAGCUCCGCUGUAUAUUGCGUUGCUUGGAAUCAAAUUGAUUCCAAGAUGAUUGCAUCAGCCGGUGCUGAUAGGCAAUGUGUUAUAAGGAAUAUUGAUGGUUCACCUGUGAAAAUAUAUCAACAUCCUGCCCCAGUGUUCGGUGUCUCGUGGUCAACGACUUCAAGAGAUAUUUUGGCUACCGGUUGUGAAGAUUCAAUCAUUAGAGUAUUCUAUCUAACGACUCAAGGAGAUCAACCAUUGAAAACAUUCUAUGGUCACUCGGCAAAAGCCUUUCACGUGCGAUGGUCACCUCUUAGAGAAGGAAUUAUAGCCUCAGGCUCCGAUGACUGCACCGUGAGAGUAUGGGAUUAUGGGGAGGAAAGUUGUAUAAAUACUCUUAAAGGUCAUAGAGCACCGGUUCGCGGUCUUUUGUGGAAUACGGAAUUGGCUCAUAUCUUAAUAUCUGGUAGCUGGGAUGCCUCAAUAAAAAUAUGGGACAUAAGAGAUGGUAGCUGCAUAGGUGAAGUUUUGGAUCACGGCGCUGACGUCUAUGGUAUAACUUCGCAUUCAAAAAGGCCUUUCGUAUUGGCCUCUUGUAGCCGAGAUUCAACUAUUCGAUUAUGGAGUUUAAUUCCUAUUGUAUCCAACGUACAAUUAUCGAUUUUGGCUAAUCGACCAUUCUCAGAAAUAUUUGCUCCAACUGAAGUGUCGUUGAAUCCAUCAGGACCCCCUUUACUUUGUGGCCCUCUAUCACGUAAAAUACGUGGUAAUUUGGAGCAAUCAAAUAAUUCAGAAUCGUUAAUAAGCUUUUCCCAAUUAUUCUCUUUACCUGGAGCGUAUUCGAAUAUUUGGGAUCUAACAGAUGUUUUGAGGGGUGCUUCCUUGGAUUCUCUAUCCGGGGCCUAUUCAAAUGGUAUUAUACACUACUCUCACUUGGCUAGUAUUAAAUCUGCAAAGGCUCAGACUGCCGAGAUACAACAAGGAGGAAAAAGCAGCUCCAUUAUUGCACCUAGUAAAGAAGAUCAAAUAAAAUUGGCUGCCGAAGAUCAUCUUAGAGUUGGCAACAUUCAUCGUUACUGUGAAUUAUUAGUACAAUUAAAACUCUGGGAUAAAGCAUUAGCCGUUGCACCUAGCGUUUCUUUAGAUUACUGGCGUCAAUUGGCGUCAAAGAGGGCUGAUGAAUUGCGUCGAGAGGAAGAUGAUGACUUUGUACCUAUAGCCACAGCUUUGGCGGAUGUAAACGGCUUAAUAGACUAUUAUAAUGAAAGAGGACAAUUCGACAGAGGUUUCUGCAUAGCCGCGGCAUCACACGAUGGUUGGAUUAAGAAACCCAUUGCAACCAGAGGAAGCACUUUAAAUGGCUACAAAGAAUCAGAGGAAAAUCCAGAAACAUUUGCCCUACUCAAAACGACAGCUAAUAACCUUGCAGAUCACUACUUGAAAUCUGGUCAACCUGUCAAGGCCGCAUGCUGCCAUCUAGCUGUUGACGAUUCAAAGUCAUCAAUGCAAAAACUAAUAAGAGGUAAUGAAUUGGAGCUUGCUUUAUGUUUGUCGUCCUAUUUACCGGAUGUUACUGCCCAACGACAAUUGGUUAUUGAAUUAUUGGCUAGAAAAUGUGAAAAGAUAGCUCAAUGCAAUUGUGCCAUCGAUCUACUGAGGUUAUUACCGGAAAAUAACGACGCCCUAUUUAAAUUUCUUGCCAGACAGGCAGCAAGUAUGGAUGAAAUAAACGAUUUACAUUCAAAGGCUGGAAUACCAUUAAUUGAUGACUGCGAGAUUAUUGCCAGACAAUAUAUGGAAUCUGGUAGAAUAAAGGAUGCAAUAAAAUAUUUUAUAAUAAGUAACAAUGUUCAGCUUGGAUUGGACUUAGGAAUACAUUUUAUACAAGAAAAAAUAAAAUCAGUCACAUGGACAGUUGAUGAAAUAUAUGACAUUGUAACCCUAUUAAGCAGUAUUAGAAGUGAUAAAUUGGGACAUGAAAAUCUUACCAAGCAAAGUGUUACUUUACAGAUAAUCAGCGCUUAUUGCGGCACAUUAAUAGCUAUAAGGCGGCAAUAUUGGAGUAUAAUAUCACCAUUAUUUAAACUCGUUAUAUAUUUAAUGACUAAGCAUAAUGAUUUACAAAUACCACUGAGUUUAUCAAGAAUUUCAUCAGAAUAUGAAGCUUGGAAGGAAAAUGAAGCAAACCUAAAAAUCUGUCAUAGUGUUCAGUCUUGUGGAGUAUUGGAAGAUCUUCUUCAGAGAGUUGGAGAAGAAUGUUGGCCAGGUGGAAUUGGAGGGGACUGCGUUUCAGGAUCAAAUUUACCUUCUCAUUCGGAUGUCUACUUCUCUCUACUGGACUCAUCGAGGAUCCAGGGUCCAGCGUUCAUUUUAGAUGACGGUAACUCUGCAAUAUCAUUAAGCGAUGCUCUAAUGUGGGCAAAAGUGUGUGAGUUUUCACCUCUUGGUAGUGGGCUAAAGAUAAAUCCAUUCUAA